GGUGCAGCUCAUGUUGGUGUUCUACAUUCAAUGCGCGAACACGGAAUACCGAUAGAUAUGAUCGGUGGAACGUCAAUUGGUUCUCUGAUUAGCGGUUUAUAUGCGUUGUCGGAUGAAGAUGUGGAGCACAGGGCGAAAAGCUGGUUUCUGAUCCUGGUGCCGAAGGAAUUAUUCGAAGUGCUAUCAUCGUUGCAAUUUUUACUUCUUUUUACACUAGCCAUAACGGGAAAGAAGACAAAGGAAACACGCGAAUGCAGCACGUAA